AUGUACGACGGACAGUUUAUCACCGACACCUACCGUCUCGGCAUCUUUGGUUUCCCCGGUGACCCAGCUUCUGCUCCGAAUCUGGGACUGCUGGACAUGAGGAUUGCUAUGGAGUGGGUUCGCAAUAACGCCGAAGCGUUCGGCGGCGACACCAGCCGCAUCACCAUCUUUGGCCAGUCUGCUGGCUCCGGAAUGGCCGACUUCUACUCCUUCGCCUACGCCUCAGACCCCAUCGCUAGCGGCUUCAUCCUGCAGAGCGCGACUGUCGUCGGCUUCCCGGCCCUGCUCGCAGACACCCUGUCCCCCAGGUGGUACCGUAUUGCUGAUUCUGUCGGCUGCCCUAGCAGUAACAGUAGCAUCGCCGCUGCCGCCGUCACCGACUGCAUGAGGAACCGCACCGCUGCGCAGAUCUUCGCAGGCUUCUCUACCGCUGAGACUGGCAUCGGCUCGACUCCCGCCUUCGGCCCUGGUGUGGAUAACGAGCUCGUGUUCGAAGACUACUCCAACCGCAGUUCUGCUGACGCCGCCUACCUAAUUGGUAAUAACGAGAAUGAGGCCGGCGCUUUCAAGAGCCUCCAGCCUAAUAGGACCGAGAUUUACUGGGCCGAUUUCAACUUCAGAUUCUAUACUUGCGCCGACAACAUCAGACUUGCCCAGACCGUCUCGGCCGGUCUCCCUUCAUGGAGGUACCGUUACUUUGGUGACUUCCCCAAUCUGGUUCUCUCGACCAACCCGCCCAGUGGAGCGUAUCAUGGUGCCGAGGACCCCCCUAGUACAAUCGUGGAGUUGGAGACGGCUGAAUUCCUUCGCGGCGCCUGGACUACCUUUGCAAAGAACACCACCUCUGGCCUGCUCAGCUACUCGGGCGGGUGGCCGUUGUACAACCCCAGCGAGGACACCAUGGCACGCAUUGCAUUCAAUAACCAGACUGGCACCAACCUGGGCCAGGGUGACGCUUACAACGACCGUUGCGCGUCUCUGCCCGCCACCGCUCCGUCUUAG